GCACUUGCACGAGAGUCACGAAGUCCCGGACGUGAGCGCUCUCGCACCGCACCGUCGGCCGUGGCCAGUUAAAAAGCGUUAUCAGACUCGAGCAACUUCAGAAAGGUUUAUCAUUCGUAUGGAUUCUGGCAUUACGAUACUGUGUAUUACGGCUCGAAUAGUAUACGUUCUGAAUUAGCGGCAGCGCGUGUAGUUUUAUAAUGGAAGGAGGCGGAGUACUUACUGCUGAACGCAGUCCGGCGCGUGCAAAUUUGCAUGUGGCUUUCAGUGAAAAGGGAGAAGUGAAGGAGCGCAGGGAGAAAUUCCUUACGGCCAAAUACGGGUCGCAUCAGAUGUCCCUUAUACGUAAAAGGCUCGCGGUCGAGAUGUGGCUCUUCGACGAGCUAGAGAAAUUAUACGAAUCCGUAAACGAAAGUGGAAAAAAUCGGGAGGUUGAAAUAGACAUAGACGAGCUCCUAGACAUGGACAGCGACGAUCACAGACGGAGAUUUUUGCAAGAACUACUCGUUGAUACAAAGAAGCCACCGCACGACGUAAACAAGUUCAUUAACGAUUUACUCGAAAAAGCUAAAACACUUUGAAGAACUCCCUCGUUCUCAUUAACACUCGCGUGUGUUGCAAGGACUUUCUCGAAGCGUUCAAAGUAAAACCAACACGAAAGAACUAAUUUUUGCUCAGAUUUGGAACGAGUCAGAGACAUAAUUCAAGCCUUAAAACGCGGGCCGCGCGACCGGCCGAACAAUGAAUGCCAAUCUAUCAAUUAUACUCGGAUCGAACUUUGAAAAAUGGGGAAAAGAACAAAAAAUAAUGAAAAAAAAAAAAACGAGGAAAGCAUCAAAUGACUCUGCACAUUUUUAUUCUAGCGUAUAAAUAUUAUUUCAUAUUGAAAUCGUAAGCAUUAGUGUCUGACUUAUCUCAGUACAACGGCUAACUUCGUUAGUUAUUUAUGUGCGCAUCGCAUAUCAGAGUAAAAAAGUAAAUGGUGAAAAAAAUGAAAACCUCACAGUACUCGGAACUGCCUUGCUGUACGAUCCAUCCAGUGUGAUGUACAAGUAGAAAACAAGAAACAAAAAAAAAAACGAUCUGUUCUACACACUCUAGUUUUGUAUGCAUUCUCUACUCCAUUGUUCGUAACAAUAAUUUGUCUUUAAUCAAGAACGAACUAAAAAAGAAGGGGGGGAAAAAAAGACCACACGAGAAACAAAAGAACAAUACACUUCCAAACACUGUGUAACUAUACCAAAUAAUUUCUAAUGCAUAUCCUAUGUUCAUCGAAUUAAUCCUGAGACCGGGUUAAAACGAUUCAAUGAUCCCUUGUGUUCUAGCGUAACGAAUUAACUUCUCUCAUUUUUUAUUUAUUUUAGAGGAUGAAAAAGAAUUACGCAUCGAAUGCUUGAACGAAUUAAAAAAGAAAAAUGAACAAAAAAAAAAAAAUGAAUCUGAUAUAAUAUAAUUAAAGCGUGUAUGUGUGUGUGUUCCAGACGAUGUCACUGGCAUUAGUAAAUAAUUAAAACGUGGAAAUGGCACCUAUCGUUGUUGCCCCGGUGUUCGAUCAGUAUUCAAAAAUUUAUCGAAUUAAAACGAGGCAAAUUAAGAAGCUGCCCCUGUGAACUUUGUCAUAUCGCUGUUAUCUUGCUUUUUAAAUAACACAUUAGAUUAAUUGUUAUAUACAGUUUAUGCCGUUGAAGAUAUAUAAAGAGACAUUCCCAAAUUUAGAAUGAUACGUUAAUGUGUCCGGCGAUCUUUUAAUUGAACUUUGUUGACUUUUAUAUAUAAUCGUGUUGUUGAUUUCAAGAUUUUAAAUUUCUAUUUAUACACACGCGUUGCGGUCGUUCGGAUGACGAAACUGGAUCGAUGCAGGAUCCCACUCCGUUCUCAACGCCUCGUUUCGAUCGAAUGAUAAUUUAUAGUACAAAUCCCGGCGUUCGUUUUAGAAAAAAAAAAAAAAAAAUAUGAGACGCAAUUAUAGGUGACAUUUAUACGCUUUACUCGACAGUCAUUUAACGUGCGAAAUAUAUCCAUAGUAAUUGUAAAAGAGGAAGGAGGUGAACUUAAUCGAACUUCCGGGUAACUCGAAGAAUCUCUUGCACCGAUGUAUCUCGGCGUCGUUUACUUAGAAGAUAAAAACAAAACGGAAAGACUGCACAAAUGGAAUUUACCUUCCUCUUAAAAAGAAACAAACCCACGAGCGCGAAGAAUAAGUACGAUAAGAGAUUAAGAAAAAAAGUCUACGUACAUUAAACUCCGGUUGAUUAAACGGAUGUUAAUUAAUGGCUCGAGCAUCGGACGUGUAAUGUACGAAGAAAUUUUGUCUGUAGCAUCGAACAAAUACAAACACUUCGCGUUUCAACGCCGAAUAGAGAUGUAAGAAAGCAAUACCCGCAUAACAGAAUACAUUAUCGUGUAAAGAAUGACUCCCGAGUAUGUACGGCUACCUCGUGUGUCGCGGUAGAAAAGGCGUACGAUCUCUGUAAGCAUUAUCGACCCCGCGUGCAAUGCAUUUUAUCCAAACAAUUAAUAUAAAUAUCUUAGCAGAUCAUGGAUUCAUCUACGAGAUAUAUUUCAGUGUACAGAGAUUCGUGUGAUCUUCGUAAAUUUGGGCAUAAGACAAUGUGUUUAGAUCGUGUUUCUACACUCCCCUGACUCCCAGGCGAGACACCCGCAAUUUAGACGAAUAAUAAUAAUAAUAAUAACUGUGUCCGAUUAAAACGAAAUUCCGUUGAACUCUCGUUACCCGAUUAUGUGUAUUCGAAGAUAUACUUUGUACGAGGGUAAAAAAAAAUAUAUGUGAAUGUGUAAUUAAGAUUAGGGAUGCUCUGGAAUACCGAUACAAUAAACCUUGAGAGCUCGUGAAGCGGCAAUCUUGUGACGUGUUCGUUCGAGCUGAAGAAAAUCACGGGACCGGAGUUAAAACGCUUGUCAUCAAAACGAAUGCGUCAGACACUCUAAUCAGAGUUUAUUGUAUUAGGAAACGAUACAAUCAAUUGGUGCACUUGUGAUUAUAGCCGCGAGGCAAGCUUCGCGUGAGAAUGAAUAUGAACGACUAUGAAGUUUUGGAAAAGUUUAUCACCGGGUAAAAUGGUCUUUUGUCUUUGUCUUUUUUUUUUUUUUUUUUUGUCAGUAUAUGUAGAGACGUCGCGUCGGGUCAAGUGCUUUUUGCUCGUGUAAUGCCACGCGGAGAAACGUUUUGUAAUCGUUCCGGCUUCGCGUAUAGAUUAAAAUGGCUAAGGAAUUCUUGUGUGUGCAAUGAUGGAACGAUGAGACUGUCGAUUCCUCGGUCGAACGUUCACGGGAAAUGCUUAAGUGUCUAGUAAAACAAAUUGACGUAAUUUCAGAAGAUAUGUCAAUAUUUAUGGUAAUCUUUAAAGUAAUGAAACGAAAGACUUUUUUCACGUAAAAUGGGAUAAAAAAA